CUCAAAGAGAGCAUUGACAUGGUCAUCAUGACGGCAGGUGGAAAUGACCUGUGCUUGGCUGGAAUGAUCAAAAAAUGCGUUAUGCUUCCCUACGAGGGCGAAGACACUUGUAAUGCAAUCAUCGACAAGGCCCAGGAGAACAUUGAAACCAUUCUCAAGUCCAAUUUGAAACAAAUCCUCUUGGCCCUCAACGACAAGAUGUCCAAAGAUGGGAUCGUCGUCUAUAACGGCUAUUCCCAGUUCUUCAAUACUGAGACUGAUGACUGUGCAACCAAUCAGAACUGGGCGCUCAGCCGAUUGCUUCCCAAAUAUUGGUUCAGGACUGCUCUUACUCUCACCAAAGAACGCCGAGAGAAGUUUAACAAACUCGUCUUGAAGAUCAACAAUGCAAUCAGAGAGGUUAUAUACAUCUUGCGCGACGAAGCAUCCAUCGACUAUGAGAUUGGAUUCUCGAACUGGGAUCCCUGGGUACGAGACGGCGUCAAAGGCCAGAUGUGCGAUCCAUCAUCGAGUGGAAAGUACCCUGACAAUGAUCAGCCUGAUCUGCAAUUCUUCAAGCCAGCCACCAACAAACCCAGUUGGGAGCAUGACGAGCUUAAGAGAAGGCAAGAAGAAGCCAGACAAAUGCAGGCGAACGGUACACUUCCCUUGACGAAGGGUGGAAUCGACCCAAGCAUCUACGACAGUCUUCUUUGGAAGUCACCUGCCCCUGGUGCAGAAGUACUCCACAAACUCAACAAACGAGCUCCAGCACCACCUGGCUGUCCAGGAGAUUCUGACUGGUUCGAUCCGACACUAGGCUUAGGACUACCCGACAGCUUCGGCAAACUCUUUCAUCCCAACGAGCUAGGCCACGAGACCAUCGCCUCCUUCGCACUCGCUAAAGGCAUCGACCUUCGCGCCAAAGUCCUCGGCCAAGACUCCGAGACAUGCGCCGUCACGGACGAGUUCAAAUGCUGGCAAAAGGAAGGCCGCAAAGGUUACGCCACCGCCAAUAAGAUGAACGAGAACAUCGAAAACUUCUGCGGCAAAGACGUUAACGCGCCGGAACAUGAAGUCGGCUGGAAGAGGGAAUAUACGUAUUUCACCGGCACGCCUGAUGAACACACGUUUGUCUUGCAACUCAGCGAGGACGUCGGCGACUUCAAUAAGGACAACUGCGUGGAAUCGUUCCAGAGGAUUGUGAACAGCUGCGACGGUAACGAUCCAGAGAACCCACUGAACUGGAAGUUCGGCGGAAGAUGGCGCCGAGAUGAUUACACUUAUGAGAUCAACGUCAAGCGUACCAACAGGCCAUGGCCGCUGAAAGAGACGCAUGGUAAAUGCAAAGGAGACUAUAAGUUUCUCUUCAGCUCUUACUCAAUCCAAGGCGCCGGCUUCAGUAGUUGGGAUUACGGACAAAACACCAUCAUCCCCAAGAUGAAGGGUUGCUUGGGCCUGGGUAUCACCAACUGGAAGUUUGACUACUUUGACCAGCCGGAUGAGAAUGGCAACGAGUGGUCUGCCACCUUCCGCACUCCAAUCUGGGUCAAAGCAAGGUGCUUCGAGAACAAUAAGGUUGUCCAAGGUGCAGGAGGGUUUACAGAUGGGUGCAGUGGAAGUGAUGCCUGAUUUACUGUUUUUUUACAAACAUUCGCUUCUUCUCUUGUUAUCUCGAUAGUCACCGAGUGCUUUGCCAAUCCAAUCUGACUUCUUUUCCU